CCCAGCAGCUGCGAGCGGCCGGCGCGCCACCUGCUUCCGCGCCCGGGGACUUCCCUCUGCAGGCUCCGCGGCGCGGGGUGGGCCGCGUGGCCUCCCCUGGCGACGCGACCCGGGGUAACCUCCUCCGCCGCAGCCGCCGCCGCCGCAGGCCGACUGGGGGUGAACCACGUGUGCGGCGCUCUGCGCGCGGCCUUGGAAAACCAGGAUGGCGACGGCAGCAGAGCAGGAACUUUACAGAAACAUGAAGCCCUCAACCAUCUGGAGCCCAGAAACUGAACUUGGGGCUGACUGCGGCUUCUAGAAUAUCCAGGUGUUCUGCAGAUGCGCGAAUCCAGCCUGUAGUCACCAGAUGGAGUCCCAAACAGAUGUGGAGCUCGUGCUAUGGCUCUAACACUCCUGAUACAGAUGGUCACUUUCUAGGUGUCAAAGGCACUGAAUGUCGAGCAUAACCCGUCCCCUGACUGUGAGCCGGGACGGGGAAACUGACUACAGAUGAUGAAGCCAAGUUAGGAGUUGCAAGGCUCCUGACUGUCUUGAGUUAGGAUUCCAGAUGGGGCUCUUAUUUGUGUAGUCCCCAUCACCCUUGCAGCCAUUGUCACCACCACUACCACUAACGCCAUCCCUACUCCCCAGGGACUUCCUGCUUUGAAAGUGAACAGAAAAGGAGCCCUUGGAAAAGUCUCAACAAUUGGGAUCCUACCGUCACCACCAUGGGCUGGCUUUUCUUAAAGGUCUUGUUGGUGGGAGUGAGUUUGUCAGGAUUUCUUUAUCCUUUUGUGGAUUUUUAUACCAGUGGGAAAACAAGAGGCCAGAAACCGAAUUUCGUGAUCAUUUUGGCCGAUGACAUGGGGUGGGGUGACCUGGGAGCAAACUGGGCAGGAAGAAAGUUCACUCCCAACCUCGAUAAGAUGGCUUCGGAAGGAAUGAGGUUUGUGGAUUUCCACGCAGCUGCCUCCACCUGCUCGCCCUCCCGAGCCUCCUUGCUCACCGGUCGGCUGGGCCUUCGCAAUGGAGUCACGCACAACUUUGCAGUCACCUCUGUGGGGGGCCUGCCGCUCAAUGAGACCACCCUGGCAGAGGUGCUGCAGCAGGCCGGCUAUGUCACUGGGAUGAUAGGCAAAUGGCAUCUUGGGCACCACAGCUCUUAUCAUCCCAACUUCCGUGGUUUUGAUUACUAUUUUGGAAUCCCGUAUAGCCACGAUAUGGGCUGUACUGAUACCCCGGGCUACAACCACCCUCCUUGUCCAGCCUGUCCACAGAGCGCCGGACCACCAAGGAACCUCGAGAGAGACUGUUACACUGAUGUUGCCCUUCCUCUCUACGAAAACCUCAGCAUCGUGGAACAGCCAGUGAACCUGAAUGACCUUGCACAGAAGUAUGCUGACAAGGCCACCCAGUUCAUCCAGCACGCCAGCACCAGCGGAAGACCCUUCCUGCUCUAUGUGGCCUUGGCCCACAUGCACGUGCCCUUAUCUAUGACCCAAAGGCCUGGAGCCCCAAGGGGCCAAAGGCUAUAUGAAGAGAAUCUUCAAGAGAUGGACAGCUUGGUGGGCCAGAUCAAGGACAAAGUUGACUGCACAGCCAAAGAAAACACAUUCCUGUGGUUUACAGGAGACAAUGGUCCUUGGGCUCAGAAGUGUGAGCUGGCGGGCAGCGUGGGUCCCUUUGUUGGGUCGUGGCAAACUCGUCAAGGGGGAAGCCCAGCCAAGCAGACCACCUGGGAAGGUGGGCACCGGGUCCCAGCACUGGCUUACUGGCCUGGCAGAGUCCCAGUCAAUGUCACCAGCACUGCCUUGUUGAGCGUCCUGGACAUCUUCCCCACGGUGGUAGCCCUGGCACAGGCCAGCUUGCCCCAUGACCGGCACUUUGAUGGUGUGGACGUCUCCGAGGUGCUCUUUGGCCAGUCACAGGCUGGGCACAGGGUGCUGUUCCACCCCAACAGCGGGGCAGCGGGAGAGUUUGGAGCCCUGCAGACUGUCCGCCUCGAGCAUUACAAGGCCUUCUACGUGACUGGUGGAGCCAAAGCGUGUGAUGGGAGCACUGGGCCUGAGCAGCAUCACGAGCCUCCCCUGAUUUUCAGUCUAGAAGAUGACACCGCAGAAGGUUUGCCUCUAGAGAGAGGUGGUGCCGAGUACCAGGCCGUGUUGCCCAAGGUCAGAAAGGUUCUUGCAGACAUCCUUCAAGACAUUGCCAAUGACAACGUCUCCAGAGUGGACUACACUCAGGACCCUUCAGUAACUCCCUGCUGUAACCCCCUCCAAACUGCCUGCCGCUGCCACACGAUGUAACAGACCAGCUUUUCCACAAGGAGGAAUAUCUGGAAAUGAGAGGGGCAGGUUCACUCCUAGACUUCAGUUUUACCUUCUUUACAAACAUGUGCUUUAAAAAUAAGUCUUGAAAUUUACUAGGAGCUUUGUAGCCUCCCCACCCCCCGCAUACUGUCCCUCCCCCAUCAGAGGACAGCUGAGCUGGCUCUAGGGCAGAGAGCUUGCUGUCACGGGGGGCACACAGGCUUUGGAGUCAGGGUCAGGUUCAGGCCCCAGCUUUUGAACUUGGGCAAUCAUUUAACCAAACUGCAAGUUGAUUUUGAGGAUUAUGUGAGCCAAUACAUGAAAAUGCCUGGCACGUUACCUGAUACAGACCAGAUACUCAAUACAUUCUAGUUUCCUUUCUGAUGUACCCAGUUUCUCUGAUCAUUUUAGCGUAGACUCAUUCCAACCAGUAUGGAGAACUUCUCUGUCCUUAACAUGCAUGCAAAUCACCUGUAAAACUCUGUAAACGUCUAACCCAGCAGGUCUGGAGCGGGGCCUGAUACCCUGCGUUUCUUGUAAAUGAUGCCCCGAGUGGCCUGGAUCUAGCCUAGGCAAAGUUACAUCUGCUUUUGGGUCUCAGAGCAGAGGAGGCCAUUGCUAAGUCCAUGGCCCUGUC